AUGACCAUCUACACCUCACCGUAUCCCCCCGUCCAAAUCCCGUCCAAAUCCAUCUACUCUUACCUCCUCCCGAAGAAUGAACCAAACUUCGAGCCCUCGCUCCCGGCUUUCAUUGAUGCUCCCACUGGACGCGUCGUGUCACGAGGAGAACUCAGAGAGACGACUCUUCAGAUGGCAUUUGGACUACGAGAGGUGCUCCCUGCUGACGUUCGCCUUCACCGCGGCCAAACGGCCCUCAUCUUCACCCCAAACUCUCUAGCCUACCCAUUAGCUCUCCUCUCCCUCAUCGCCGCCGGAGGCCGGGCCACCCUCGCUAACAGCGCCUACACCGCACAUGAGCUCCUCUUCCAAUACAGAGACUCACAUGCGCACCUUAUCCUUGUCGCUCGGGAUCUGGUACCGGUCGUAUUAGAGAUGUUCAAGUUAGCUGGGCUAGAAGCAGCGGAGGCGAAGAGGAGAAUUAUAUUGUGCGAAGCGCCACCUGCUACGACCGCAACGUAUUUAAAUGCAAAAAAAUGGGCAGCAGGUGUACAGAGCGUGGAUGAGGUUGUUCCGGGGAAGGAGAAUGGAUGGGGCUGGACGUUGAGCGAUCUCGUAGGCAAGGGUAAGUUGGAGGAAGAAGAGAAGUUUGACGGUGAAGACGCGCACGAGACUGCAUUUUUGUGUUAUUCAUCUGGGACUACGGGAAAGCCGAAAGGUGUCGAGACAACACACAGAAACCUGAACGCCGUCAUCUCAAUGGUCGAUGCUUCUUUCCCAGGCCUGCAGGCGAAGAAGGAUGUCCUCUUGGCUGUAUUGCCCUACUACCACAUCUACGGUGUCGUCAAACUCCUCCUCUACCCCCUCCACAUCGGUGUCCCAGCCGUAAUCAUGGCCAAAUUCGACCCAACACAGUACUGCGCCAACAUCGAGCGCUACAAAGUCACCGCGAGCCUCAUAGUACCCCCGAUCCUCCUCGCUCUUGUCCACCAUCCAGCGGUCGAGAAGUACAACAUCUCGUCACUGAAUUAUCUCAGCUCUGGAGCUGCACCAUUGGGCGGUGAUCUCAUGAAGGCCGCAUUGGCGAAAUUACGCAAGGUUGGGGCUAAUGUCGAUAUCGCACAGGGCUAUGGUCUCACUGAGACCUCACCAGUAACACACUUGGUCCCUCGAACAGACACCAUCCGAAAGAUGGGCACCAUCGGCCCCCUUCUGCCCAACCUCGAAGCGCGGAUAGUGUCGGAUUCUGAUGCGAACAGCGGUGAAGGAAUAGAUGCGCCGAAGGGCGAGAGGGGAGAGCUAUGGCUCAGAGGGCCGAAUGUUAUGAAAGGUUAUCUCAACAACCCAGAAGCCACCGCCAAUGCGAUCACGAAGACGGGAUGGUUCAAGACAGGUGACGUGGCUGUGGUUGACGAGGAUGGGUACUACUCCAUCGUAGACCGAAUGAAGGAAUUGAUCAAGUACAAGGGUUUCCAAGUACCACCUGCAGAACUCGAAAGCGUCCUUUUGCAACACCCCGACGUCGUCGACGCUGCUGUCAUCGGCAUAGAGGAUAAGCAACAGGCCACUGAGUUGCCGCGUGCCUACAUCGUCCACAGAUCCGGAUCCUCGCUUUCCCCUGCCUCAAGAACAGAGUUUACUUCCUCACUCCAACGAUGGAUCGAAAGCCGAGUUGCGAGGCAUAAAUAUCUGAGGGGCGGAGUGGUCGUCAUUGAUGCAGUGCCAAAGAGCGCGGCGGGUAAGAUACUCAGAAGAGAACUUCGAGAACGGGCAAAGAAGGAGCUCGCGGAGGCUCCGGUCAGGGCGAAAUUGUAG